AUGGCGCGCCCUCAGCAAGCGGCGCCCAUUCAAAACACGCCAACCUCGGCCUUGAAUCCGCACAUUCGACACGAUUUCUACCGAGCAGUAAUCGCUCUCGCUGUCGCCAUGGCUGCCGCUUUUGCUGCUCAGGCUGAGCUGGAGUCCGCUCUGCUGACUGUAGACAGCCCGGCGGAAAAAGAGCGGCUCAUCCUCCAGCACGUCAGGGAGAUCGACGGCAGGGCUGCGGAUCUGAGAGUCCCUGAGUUUGAAGAAGGUUUGGAGUGGAUAAACACUGAAGGACCUCUUCUCUUACACAGAGACCUUUGCGGUAAAGUGGUUGUGCUGGAUUUCUUCACUUACUGUUGUAUCAACUGCAUGCACCUGCUGCCAGACCUUCAUGCCCUGGAGCAGAAACAUUCUGCUGAAGAUGGACUGGUAGUUGUUGGUGUCCAUUCAGCGAAGUUUCCGAAUGAGAAAGUUGUUGAAAAUAUUCAGAGUGCUAUUCUUCGCUAUAAUAUUACACAUCCAGUUGUAAAUGAUGCCGAGGCAAACCUGUGGCAGGAGCUUCAGGUGACGUGUUGGCCAACGCUUGUGAUUCUAGGUCCAAGGGGAAAUAUGCUGUUCACUCUUAUUGGAGAAGGGCAUAAAGCAAAACUUUUCCUGUUCAUUUCUGCAGCAUUGAAAUAUUACAAAGAAAAAGGAGAAAUUAAUAAUCAUGGAAUCAAACUGAAAUUAUACAAGGAUUGCUUGCCACCUUCUUCUUUGCUUUUUUUGGGUAAAAUUACAGUGGAUAAUUCUUCAGGUAAACUAGCAAUUGCUGAUUCUGGCCAUCAUAGGAUAUUGGUAACCAAUAAAAAUGGACAAGUUCUUCACUCCAUUGGGGGACCAAAGAGUGGAUGGAAAGAUGGGAGCAUUUUUGAAGCCACUUUCAAUUCACCUCAGGGGGUAUUGAUGAAGGACAGUAUCAUCUAUGUGGCAGAUACUGAGAACCAUGCAAUAAGAAAGAUUGACCUUGUAACAGAAAAGGUGACCACUAUAGCAGGAACCGGAGUUCAGGGAACGGACCAAGAAGGUGGCAAAACAGGAAUGGAGCAGUCAGUUAGUUCACCGUGGGAUCUAGCUUUUGGCUCUUUUGGUGAUGCGAAAGACAAUGUUCUGUUUAUUGCCAUGGCAGGCACUCAUCAGAUAUGGGUCAUUUUUUUAGAAGAUGGAAAACUUCCAAGGGGAGCUGAGUACAAGAAAGGAACUUGCAUUCGUUUUGCUGGAAGUGGUAAUGAGGAAAAUAGAAACAAUUCUUACCCUCAUAAAGCAGGAUUUGCUCAGCCAUCGGGCUUGUCUGUAGCUCCCGAGGAACUCAAUUGUCUUUAUGUCGCAGACAGUGAGAGCAGCACAAUACGUUCUGUAUCAUUAAAGGAUGGUGCUGUUAAAAACCUGGUGGGAGGAGAAAGGGAUCCUCUGAAUCUCUUUGCUUUUGGAGAUCUUGAUGGUAUUGGAAUGAAUGCGAAGUUGCAGCAUCCCCUUGGUGUAGCUUGGAAUAAAAAACGGAAUUUACUGUAUGUGGCGGACUCCUACAAUCACAAGAUCAAAGUAAUAGAUCCAAAAACAAAACAGUGUACUACACUGGCAGGAACUGGUAAAGCCAGCAAUGUAAUCGGUCCUGACUUCAACCAAGCUACUUUUAAUGAGCCAGGAGAUGUGUGUGUUGGUGAAAAUGGGAAUGUCCUUUAUGUAGCCGAUACCAACAAUCACCAAGUUAAAGUGCUAGAUUUGGAAAUGAAGACUGUCUCUGUGUUGCCAAUCACUUUUGUCGAUGCUGUGGACUCUUCCUUGCCUAUAAAACCAAAGAAAGGUUAUCGUUUACCAAAAUCUGCUGUUUCAGUGCACAAGAGUCCAUUAUUUGUAAGACCAGCUCAGACACUACAGUUUUGUCUCAAAAUUGAACUUCCAGAGGGAGCCAAACUAACAGAGGGGGCACCGAGUUUCUGGGCUCUCUGGGCAGAAGAGCAUGAAUGGCUCUUUGUGGGCCAGAAGAUCACUGGAGAAAUUGUUAAUCUUGAGAACGAACCUGAAAUCAUCUUUGUACUUCCCUCUCAAGUACAGACAGAUGGACUUGUGUUAUCAGUAGAUGUGUGCCUCUAUUUCUGUAGUAAAUAUAGUAAUAAUUGCCAAAUGAAAGGAAUCUCAUUUAAACAACCAUUACAGUUCUCCAGUACAUGCCAGGAAACCAUUUCAAAAGUGGAUCUUCCCUUCAGCUUUUAAAUAAAUAAAAACAGUUAACUCUUAGAAAUUUCUGUCCUGAUAAAUAAAGAAUUAGAAACAUAUGAAUAUUUAGGUUUGACCCAUUAGAAUAGCUGGGUAAAUAUUAGCGUUGAAAUAAUGAGUUAAUAAACAGAAUGGUUAUCUUUGUUGACAUAUGUUUGAAACUCUCAGCAUGACCUAGCGAUCUAAAUUCAGUUAGGAGAGGCCUACUGUUGUAAAAAUCCCAACUUGAAUUUGGCAUUGAAACUAACAGCAUUAUAUCUGUCACAAAGAAAGCUAAUCUAGAUAUAGAAAUAGUGAUUAAUGUUUUGCAGUUGCAAUUGGAUUCAUUUUGGGAAAGACCAAGGAAUCAUUAUUCUGCACCUUGCUGGAGAGCUAAGAUUGUUUUGUUAUGGAAACAAUGCCUGAAAUGAGGAAAUGCUGAAUUCCCGAACAUUAAUCUCACUUCAUUUGCUAAAUGUAACAUUUAUUUCAGGAAAGUUCUAGCCUUUAUUAGUAAUAAUGUAAAAAUAUAUCUGGUUAUUCAGCAAAUUGUAGCUGAAAGUUCCUUAUAAAACAGGUUAAACCUCAAGGAAAAUACACCUAACCAAAGUUUUAUCAAGUACAUGAAAGAGCUUUGUGCAAGAGUUGGCUCAGCUUCACUAUUUCACUAAUCAUCAACAAAAAUUAGUUGCAGCAGUAAGAAACCUCUGUGGCAUCUCACAGUCACAAUCAAUGUAAUUUUAUUUUUAAAAUACAAACAGAUGUGACUUUGAAGCAAAGUUCCAAAUCAAAUUAUGAAUGCGGUUAAAAAGUUUACAGAUGCAGAGGUCUGCAUUUUAAUUUCUAUCUAUUGAAGUAUCUAGCAAAGUAUCAGUAGAAUUGGAUGAAUUAUUGAUUUAAAUAAGCUAUGUUAGUAUUUAAAGAGUUUCUAAAUUUACACACUGAACUUAUUUGAUGAGUAAACACAAAACCAUUUGGAGUUCUGAUAAGGUUCUGUAAUGAUAGACCUUAUUUUACAGUCUGGACUAAAAAAAAUAAUUUGGUGCCAUUAAGCCCAGCAUGGAAUUAAUCUCGUUAAUUUCUCAGGAUAGGCAUGCUACAAAGUAAAACCAAAGAAAGCUUUUGUAUUCUAUAUUUUUUUCAUUGUGUUUUAUUCAUUUCUGAAUAUUUGUAAAAUACUUUGUUUACUUUAGGACAGCGUAGCAAAGCAUUGUAUAGAUAUUCUCUUAUAUAAAUGUAUAGAAUUCUUUCUAGAGAGCCAGUUUUGCACCAGCAAUAAAGUCAAAACCCUUCAGUGUAAAUUGUAACUUGUUUUGUCAUAAAUGUGCAAAGUCUAUUGCAUUAAAUUUAUUUCUGGUCAUUUCA